GGCGCAGGGCCUUGUGGGAAGGAGGGGAAGCUGUACCGGAGCGGGGAGCUGGCCCCGCCGGGGGAGUGCGGAGCGGCAGCCCGCGGGGCGCGAGACCGGCCCGGCCGUUGCUCGCCCGCCCGCGAGGGAUGGUGCGCAUGCGCGGCGCGGGCCGGAAGCGCCCCGGUUGCCGUGACGACGGCGUCGGCCCCGCGGCGCGGCUGAGCCGGAGCGGGCUGGGAAGCGGCGGGCCCCUGCCCUGGCCCGCCCGCCCGCCCAUGCCGCGGAAAGCGCUGCUCUGCGUCCUGCAGCUGGACGUCCGCUCGAUAACUUGCCCUGGAGUGCUGCUGAAAGACAAAGAGGAACUUUAUCUCAGUGUCUCUGUACUUGGGCAGUACAAAAAAACUCAAUGCGUCCCUGCAGCGUUUCCACUCUUCUUUCAAGAAAAACUAGUAUUUGAAAAGGCAUUUGCUGACAUAGUUGAUCCUGGAGACCUUGUGGAGUUACUGGAACUUGACACAGCAGUACUUGAACUAAUACAGCUUGUUCCUCCAGUAGGAAAAAUUCUAGCUACAUAUGAAGAAAAUACAAGAGAUUUCCUGUUCCCUGACCCUAAGCUUACCCGUGGGCACCAUGGUUUAGAUCGUGAGAUUUUAAUGAAGAGGUCCUCUUCUUUUACAGGAAUUGCACCAAAAUUGAGAUUUUCUACAAGCUCCCUUAUUACAGAAAGUCUGUUAAGCUCAGGAAGGAGUCACAUACAGGGUGAUUUGAAUUGGGUACAUCACUCAACCCCAGAUGGAAAAUUGCAAACAAAGUUACCAAAGAAAAAUACUCCUUCGCCUGAAAAGAGCAAGCACAGCUUAGCAACAAAGAACUACGAGCAGCCUACAAUAGCUUCUAAAUCACGCUCUCCAUCUCCAUACACAAAAAGACGAAUGUGUGAGCUAUCAGAAGAAGCCAGGCAGCGACUGGCCCAUUUAAAUCUUGGUCCUUAUGAAUUCAGAAGAGAAACCGAUAAACCUCCAUUCGUAGUUAGACGGGUUGAACAACCAAGUCCUAGUAUUAAACUUCAUGCCUGGUGUCCCACACGAGAAAGCACAGUGGAAGCCUGGACCAAGACAGACCAUGAUCCUUCUCUUCUUGGCAGCUACAGACCCAAGAAAGCCAAAGCAAAAUCUACUCAUGGAAAAGACUUCGACAGUUCUGAUGUUUGCCGUGAGGAUGUGAUCUCAGAUCCACCCAACAGACAGUCCCAUUCUGCUGGAUCAUUACAGCAUUCAGCACCUCCAGCAUUUCAGAAGCACUCUCUAAGUUCUGUGCUAAAUCGAUCCUCUCUAAGGGAAAGAUUUAGCUCGGGAUGGCCUUCACCAGCAAAUGGGGAUGAGAUCCAUAAAAGAGUGAAAAAUAUUUUAAGGACACACAGUGCUAGACAGCGCCUAAUAUUUGAUGAGAGUAACUCAUCAAAAGGAGACUUGAUUAAGACAAGAGAAUCUUCGCAUAAAGCACCCUUAUCCAUGAGUGAACUGCAGAGCGGUUCACCAGUGCAGCAGAACACUACUGUUCACUUGGAUAAUGGUGAAUAUUGGUCUAGUCAUGCAGCUGUAUACAAAGGGAAGCCUCACAGAGCGAUCUUUGAGGAGAGUCUCGAGAAAAUAUAUAGAAACAUGUACCUAAAAGCUUCUGGCACUGUUUCAGACCAAAAAACGGACUCCUGAUAGCAAUUCACCUGGAAAUGCACAGUACACAGUGUUCAUAUUUGUAAUGAAGCCUUUUUUUAUAUAACAAA